AACUGGUAAUACAAUUCACAACUUUCUCUAACAGCCCUUAGAAUGAGCGCUUAGCAGUCGAGUCUCCAUUCUCAUGUACAGUACCUGUUUCCGGCAUUCUCUUAGCAGCGUAUGCCUCUCAUCCGAUCUGCCAUUCAGAUCACAUUCUCCCUAACCGGCAAGAAGUUGGUGAAUAAUAACUACACAAUAAGAUGCCUGCACAGAAGAUUGAAACAGGUCAUACUGACAUAGUACAUGACGUAUCCAUGGAUUACUAUGGAAAACGUGUGGCAACAGCUUCGUCUGAUGCAAUGAUCAAAAUAACUGGUGUGAGCAACAAUUCUACUACGCAGCAUCUUGCUACUCUAAGUGGUCAUCAUGGUCCAGUUUGGCAGGUUGCUUGGGCACACCCCAAAUUUGGUUCACUCCUUGCUUCCUGUUCCUAUGAUGGUAAAGUCAUAAUUUGGAAGGAAGGCAACCAAAAUGAAUGGACACAAUUUCGUGUUUUCAGUGAGCAUAAAUCAUCGGUCAAUUCUAUUUCUUGGGCUCCCCAUGAACUUGGGCUGUGCUUGGCCUGUGGAUCUUCCGAUGGAUGUAUCUCUGUUUAUAGUGCCAAGCCGGAUGGUAGUUGGGACACCACAAGAAUCGAUCAGGCACACCCUGUUGGAGUAACUGCAGUGUCAUGGGCUCCUCCGAUGGUUCCCGGUGCUAUAGUUGGCUCUGGUUUACAUGAUCCUGUUAAGAAGCUUGCAUCUGGGGGCUGUGAUAACACAGUGAAGGUGUGGAAGCUCUGCAACGGCGUUUGGAAGAUGGAUUCUCUCCCGGCCCUUCAGAAGCACAGUAAUUGGGUGAGGGAUGUCGCCUGGGCACCCAACUUGGGGCUUCCAAAAUCGACAAUUGCAAGUGCUUCCGAGGACGGGACUGUUGUUAUAUGGAGUGUGGCAAAAGAAGGAGAUCAGUGGGAGGGGAAGGUUUUGAAUGACUUCAAGAAUCCUGUUUGGAGGGUUUCAUGGUCUCUGACAGGAAAUCUGUUGGCUGUAGCCUCUGGGGACAAUAAUGUCACGCUGUGGAAAGAAGCAGUGGACGGGGAGUGGCAACAGCUCCCAUCUGACCAUUAGAAUUCUGGUUAUGCAGAAAUUGUGUUUCAUUCACACCUUUUUUUUUUUUUUUUUUUUUUUUUUUUUUAAAACAAGAAAUUAUUAAUUGUUUUAAACCAUUCCUGUAAUGUAUUCGUUUGUUGGUGAUGAUAAUUGAUGAUAGCCUUACUAAUA